AGGCCAAGUAAUACAAUGACUGAUUAUUUCCCAGUUAGGGCAGAGCCGUCGGUGGAUUCCUGCUGUAACAGCGGCUAUGAAUGGGCGACGCAGAAGAUGGAGUGCACCCACCUGCCCCUCCUGUCCGACUCCAAGGAAUGCAGACUCACCCAGGAGCAGUGCUGUAUGAAUCAGCUGGAGGAUCUGCACUGCACCAACGGCAUUACAUCGCCAUACGAGCACGAGGAAUGCGACACCUCCGAAAUUGAGGCAAAUGCUACCUGUGAAGCCCGGUUCGUGAAGCAGCGCUGCUGUAACUGCUGUUUGCUCGGAAGGACGGCCCAGACGCAGCGGGGCAGCUGUGAGAAGAGCAUGUUCCUGGGGUACCAAUGUGAGCAAGUGUUUAGGGCCUGCUGCGUCCGGGGCCAAGAGGGGUCCGACAUCCCAAACCGGGACAUCAGCAAAGAUGAAGCGCCGAUACCCCACUCCGACAGCGAGGAUCCUUACCUGAACGAUCGGUGUCGAGGUGGGGGCCCCUGUACCCAGCAGUGCAGCGAUACGGGCGUUAGCGUGGUCUGUUCCUGUUAUUCAGGAUUCCAACUCCAACCAGACGGCGUCUCUUGUGAAGAUAUCAAUGAGUGUAUCUCGGGGACCCACACGUGCAAGGUGGGGCAGGUGUGCAUUAACCUGGUGGGGUCGUUCCGCUGCCAGAGGGAGGUGAACUGCGGCACGGGGUACGAACUGACGGAGGACAAUAACUGCAAAGACAUUGAUGAAUGUGCGACUGGAACUCACAACUGCCUCCCCAACUUCAACUGCCAGAACACCCCGGGAUCAUUCAGAUGCCGACCCAAAGUGCAGUGCAGCAGCGGCUUCAUACAGGAUGCUCUGGGCAACUGCAUUGAUAUCAAUGAGUGCGUGAGUGUUAAUGCCCCGUGCCCCCCAGGACAGACCUGUAUUAACACAGAAGGUUCCUAUACCUGCCAGCGACAUGUGGUGAACUGUGGGCGGGGCUAUCAUCUGAGCGCCGACGGCACAAAGUGUGAAGAUAUAAAUGAGUGUUCCAGCACCCAGAACCCUUGUGGCGACGGGCACGGCUGUGUGAAUGUGCCGGGGUCCUACCGAUGCGACUGCCGAACGGGAUAUAACUUUGACCCCCUAAGCAGGACAUGUAUUGAUAUAAAUGAGUGCAGGGGGUACCCAGGACGGGUCUGCGCCCACAAGUGUGAAAACACGGCCGGGUCGUUUUUCUGCAGCUGCUCCACUGGGUUCAAGUUGGCCUUGGAUGGCAGAUCGUGUGAAGAUGUGGACGAAUGCAGUAACAAUCCCUGCAGCCAGGAGUGCGCUAACGUGUACGGAUCGUACCAGUGUUACUGCCGGCGGGGGUACCAGCUGAGCGACGUGGAUGGCAUCACGUGUGAAGAUAUCGACGAGUGCGCGCUGCCCACUGGGGGCCACAUAUGCUCCUACCGGUGCAACAACGUUCCAGGCAGCUUCCGCUGCUCCUGCCCCCCGAGCGGGUACACACUGGCGCCCAACGGCCGCAACUGCCAAGAUGUGGACGAAUGCGUCACCGGCAACCACAACUGCUCCGACACCGAGACCUGCUUCAAUAUCCAGGGGGGGUUCCGCUGCCUUUCCUUCGACUGCCCCAAGAACUACCGCAAAACCGGCAACACUCGCUGUGAGCGCUUGCCUUGCAUUGAUCCCGAAUGCCAGCACCUCCCCCUGAGAAUUACCCACCACCAACUCACCUUCCCCACCAACAUCCAAGCCCCCACCGACAUUUUCCGCAUGGGCCCCUCCCACUCUCUCCCCGGCGACGACAUUCAGCUGUCCAUCACCAGCGGUAACGAGAGGGACUAUUUUGCCACCAAAUACGUCAACGCCCACAGCGGCCUAAUCUCGGUGCAGCAGCCAAUAGCGGAGCCGCAGGACAUCCUCCUCACCAUUCAGAUGAGCCUCACUCGAUACGGGACUCUCAGCACCUUUAUAGCCAAACUGCAUGUCUUUGUGACGCCGGAGCUUUGAUUGGGGGAGGGGCCUGCACCCCCGCUCUGCUCGCUUUCUAGAGCCAAUAAAGUUUUAGCUUGUUGCAUGGC